AUGUCCGUUCUGUUAGAGGCGUCUGGCCUUGUACUACAUCUCAAUCAGUCCGAAUUACCCGAGCUCUCGCCAGGCGGGCUGAUUAGGGUCUAUAUCGUUGCUUACAUCGAGUCUGCUGGAUCUAAUGGUCGUGUAGCUGUGGUCGAGGUGCGUCUUGUCCGUGGCCGUGCCUUCGACGUUGAAUCUGACCCUUUCCUCGGGGUCCUGCGUCUGCCGCUCAGAACCGCGCUCGCGGAGACAUCGACCCUUCGAUGGGAAUCCAGACUCCCACUAGGACAGAAGCAAGAAGAUAACGGUAGCGAGCCAUCGACAUCACUGCUCGUCGAUCAUGGCGCUUCUUCUUACCUAUCUCUGAGUCUCUCUGCAACAAAUGCGCUAUUUGAUGCGAUGCUUGGCGGCACAAUACUAGAAUUCUCAGAUUCUGCCAUCCACGCAGCACCGUCAGAGUGGUUUUCAUCCCAAGCUGAAGCUGAGGAACCCACCCAACUUGCCACCUUUGACCUCGAGAUAAGUCUGCAGCUUGAGUGCGAUGUCAUGGAUAACGACGUGGUCACGGGGAAAAUUCCAUCCGAUAAUCCUCGAACGACGUCCAGCUCAGUGUUCUGGUCUGCUAUUGUGGGCAAAAAUGAAGGAGCUGAGCGACAGGCUAAUGAGUCGACCGAGACCAGAGAAGCAAAAACAGCGAUUGAGCUCGAAACGUGUACCAUAAGCUGGACCAGGGAUUCACCCGUGCCCCCGUCGAUUUUUUUAAGCCUUCCAACAUGGCUCGAUAUGCCUCGCACUAAAGAAAAGUGGGUCCUUGUUCUUGCCUUGAAGCACGCCGAUAAUAUUGCCAUGUUAGCAGCAACGGUCCCGGUUGAAUCUUUUCUCGACGUUCCCAACUCGCGGCUGUCGGCUGCUCUAAAGCUAACCUCCUUCGGCGUGGGCAAGAGCGCUCUGGCCCCAUUACCUCCGCGGACUGGCCAACCUCCAAUCGAGGAUGAGGAAGCGCCCGUUCCGCGUGCCUCACCCCGUCCCUUGGCCGUAGCUAUUGAAGGAUGUACUGCCAUAAUUUGCGUGCAUAUCAAAGGUCUCCCAAGCAGCUAUGAUACAAUGGGCGCCUGGUCCGGGAUGAAGCCCAGUCAAAAGCUUCAUCAGCAUCUGAGUAUGCUCGACUGUGUGCCGCCAAAGCGGAGUCUCAAGAAGAAGAUGCCCCGGAAUGUAGAUGGCGAACUGGAACAGGAGAUUGACGCAACACUCGGCAAGGUCUUGGAGACAUACGAGGUACUUCAGAAGAAGAGAGAAUUCGUUGGCUGCGACAGUGAGCAGCGGCAACGGCGGUUGAAGAAGCUCCUCGACGAGGACUCAACCUCACAUGGAUUCCGUCUAAAUCUCACACCUAGAAUCCAGCGUGUCAUUCGAAAAAGGUAUCCAGUCCAGCCAGAGAACGAGAGCGGGGAGCAGGAGCUCAUCGGCGAAGCUUACACUCACCUGAUGGAGGUUACAAACACUCUUCUCACGGUUCGUGGCUGUGACGGCGUGCAUCAAGACGCGGCAAACAACCCGCGACUGCCGUCCGCUGAAGAUGUACUCGGCCAGCGGCUUGUACUGGCGGCAGACGCCGAAGCAAAUGAGCUCUGGUGUGUUGCGGCGGACGAACACAAAGCAAUGCUGUCUGUUGCAACUUUGUCAGCUUCCGACCAAAACAUCAUGGCAGAGACAUGGUACGAGUACUCGACUUUCCUGCUCCGGGCGCUCGGCAAUGCGAAAGGGCGGCUUUCUUUCUGUGCUGACUGCCUUGACGAAGCGAGACAUGCUCUUGAUGAGAGUCUCGCUUUGCAACUGUCAGAUAUUAACCAUAUCAGUGCUUUACGUCUCCGGGGGUGUAUCUUCCUCGAACAAGGCCGAUUGGUCGAAGCCAGAAAUGCGCUCCAAGCAGUCCUCAGAGAAUUAUCCACAUCCAAUGGGGCAACACCCUCAGUUGCGUUGGAUGCAGCGCUUCUCUGUGUUGUUCUGGAUGUACAGGAGGAUGGCAUUGGGGCACACGACGCUGCAGUGAGAGCAGCAACAGCAGUGGCAGACAAUAUUCCCAAGAUCUACAGGGCCGUCGCUGCUUUUCAGAAUGCUGCCGAGUAUCUCCAGCGCUGGUCUCUCGUGAGUGCAUCUGCGCGUGCAAUUAAUAUCGUAAAUCGAGCCUUGUUGGCCGCAAAUGCUGGAGCUUAUGUGAGUGCACAAGCACCUACUCAAAUGCCGUCGAUUCUUGUUGCCCAAAAGUGUGUCCUCGAUGCUAAAUCCGCGCGCUUUGACGAGCCAGCACGGGCAGUGGACCUUGCAUCACUCGCAACCUCAACUGCGCCAAGCGCGUGGGCUUACGAAACAUUAGGUGAUGCGCUUUACGACCAGGGUCGGAUUGAAGAGGCGAUUGAUCCCUACAAGGAGGCAAUUCGAUUGUGCCAUCAACGAUCUCCGGUUGACAUCAUACCCCUGGCACUUCGGAUUAAGCACGCAAAAAGUCUCCUUCAGACACGCCAGUAUGAUGCUGCGCGCGAUGCGUUUAUUGUCGCCGCAAAGGAAUGGCAGACUUCAAGCCUCUGGCUCGGGGCGGGUGCCGCCAGUCUACGCCUCGGGCGCACAACGGAAGCUGACACCUUUCUUAGACGUGCGACGGUCCGUUCUGCUCGCAAUGCGCCGCCUCACGCAUGGCUUGCUCUUCUGCAUGCGACGGAGGCCGAUCCCUGCGAUGCUGAGGCACACGCAUCAAAAGUCCUCGACCUUGCCAUGACGCUUGGGCUCAAUGAUGCCUCUCUUCUGCGAGAACUUGGAAACGCGUACUUCGCGCUCGAGCGAUAUGCUCUUGCUGAAGCGCUGCUCCGACGUGCCGUUGCUGCGGAACCAAAAAAGGGAGCAAAUGCACACACACGGAGACGACUUGCUGAUGUUCUCGCCGCUCAAGACGCCACAGAAGAUGCAAUAGAUAUGUACAAGAUUGCUCUCGCAACUUCAGAAGAUACCAAUGAACGUGAUGAUAUAUCGGUGACACUCCAGGGCCUCCUCGUCGCUGUCGGACGUUCUACUGGCGUAUGA